AUGACUAGCAAGGAGCUGUCCGUAGGCCAGUCCGCCCAAUACGUCGGGCCUUACCGGCUGGAGAAAACCCUUGGGAAGGGGCAGACAGGUAAGCAUACUUCCACCGCUCCCUUUAAACGCAUUAUCACGCGCAAUAGCUGCUAAUAUGAAUGCAUGGUAGAUUAAAAUAGUAAUAUCUAUAACUAGUGAUGUGUAUUAGGCCGACAAAUACAAUUGGUCGUCUAAAGAGUCCACUCUGUGUGCACCUUUGGACAUUAUGUCCUCAGUAUUGAUAUGUGUGUGUAUUUGAUGUAUGUCCAUCCCAGUGGUAGCAACUCACAUGAAUGGGCCAAUAUGUCCAAUAUUAUUGAUAUUUACAAAUAUCUGUGAUCAGUAAUGUGAAGCAUGCUGUCACAUGUUUUACAUGUGUAUAAUGUUGCAUGUAAAAUUAUUGUGAGAGUAGUUGUAUGUAUGUGUCUGCUUGUUUGUGUAUGUGUGUGUGUCCUUUAUGAAUGAAUGAAUCCAUGUGUUCUGAGGUGUGGAUCUCAUUGACAAUACAGUACAGUUGUGGACACAGUCAGACAGAUCUUGUUAUCUUUAAUCUCCUGGUGCUCUGAAGUCUGUCUAACUCCAACAUAAAGGACAGUUUCCCGGUCACAGAUUAAGCCUAGUCCAGGACUAAAGGGAAUCUCCAUUCUCCAUUGAAAGAGCAUUUUAGUCCAGGAUUAGGUUUAAUUUGUGUCUGGGAAACCAGACCUUUAUAUUGGAGUUAGAUGACCCUCCACCAGAGUAAGGUAGGCUACUAGACGGCGGAGACUGGACUAGCAGCUUGAACUGAUCUAUUAAGGGCUGAUGUACCAGACCCAGAUUAGGUCUAUACUCUAUUCCUGGACUGAAGUGGUCCUCUGUAGCUCAGCUGGUAGAGCACGGCGCUUGUAACGCCAAGGUAGUGGGUUCGAUCCCCGGGACCACCCAUACACAAAAAUGUAUGCACGCAUGACUGUAAGUCGCUUUGGAUAAAAGCGUCUCCUAAAUGGCAUGUUAUUAUUUAUAUUAUUAUUAUAAACAACACUUUCUUCACUGAGCAUGCUUUUUAAUCUAGGAGUAGACUUAAUCCUGGUCUGGGAAUCUGGCCCUCGGUAGACCUGUUUAGACUUGUGUAAUGUGACCAGCUGCCUUGAAUUUAAAUCGAUAGAGAAGACUGAAAUUGCUUGGUUUAUUAUAGAGGUUUUGGUGAGUAAGUGGUAGACUUGUCGUAUCAGAUGUCAGUGCUGGAAACAGGCUAGUGUAGCCUUAGUGGAUUGAACUGGUUGAACUAUAAACAGAUUGAUGUAGACUGAAGUCGCUGAAUUAGGCCAUUAGGUUCUGCAUAGUCAAGUCAAUAUGGUUUGGGUGAGGUCAUGCUCCACCCGUGUCUCCUGCAUGGUCUGGUUCUGGUUCACUUGUUAUGAAUGAGAAUUGAACUGUGUUGAAAAUAAAGGUAACUAAAACAAACAAGACAAACUCAAAGCUUUUUUUUUCUCCAGGUUUGGUGAAGCUGGGAGUCCACUGUAUUACGGAACAAAAGGUGGCCAUAAAGAUUGUGAACAGAGAGAAGCUGUCUGAGUCUGUCCUUAUGAAGGUAUGAACCCAGAGAAGCUGCCUGUGUCCCAAAUGGCACCCUAUUCCCUAGUAGUCCUGUGUAGCUCAGUUGGUAGAGCAUGGCGCUUGCAACGCCAGGGUUGUGGGUUCGACUCCCACGGGGGACCAGUAUGAAAAUGUAUGCACUCACUAACUGUAAGUCACUCUGGAUAAGAGUCUGCUAAAUGACUAAAAUGUAAAAUGGUAUACUACUUUUGACCAGAGCAUGGGCCAUGGUCAAAAGUAGUGCCCUUCAUAGGGAAUAAGGUGCCAUUUGGGACUCAGAAGGUCUCUGAGUCUGUCCUUCUGAAAGUACAGUAGCGUACAGAGAGAGCCAUGAGCCUGCUAAUAUCCAUUUGUAGGAGCACAUUAUAUAGACAGCCAGCAUGCUGUCGUUAAUAAUGAAUGAAUUGAUAUACAAUAUAUCAUCAGCUUUUUCUUCCUCUUUAGUUCUUCUUUGUAUUCUUCUUCUGGGGUAGAGGAGGUGUGUAUAGGCUAUGCACUGGGUGUAUACAAACUCUUUCUGUCACAUUCGCUCACUGACACACUCUCUCUCUCUCUCUCUCUCUCUUUCUCUUCCCCUCUUUCUCCUGCUAUCUUUAUCGCCUCUCUCUCUCUCUCUCUCUCUCUCUCUCUCUCUCUCUCUCUCUCUCUCUCUCUCUCUCUCCUCUCUCUCUCUCUCUCUCCUCUCUCUCUCUCUCUCUCUCUCUCUCUCUCUCUCUCUCUCUCUCUACUCCUCUCUCUCUCCUCUCUCUCUCUCUAGGUGGAGAGGGAGAUAGCUAUUCUAAAACUAAUAGAGCACCCUCAUGUGCUGAAGCUGCAUGAUGUUUAUGAGAAUAACAAAUACCUGUAAGUAUAUUAUCCUCUUUUCUCACUCACACUCUUUCUCCCUCUCUUUCUGCCUGUCUCUUGUACUGUACUAAAACUCAAUAAUAUACUAAUAUACUGUGUGUGUGUGUAUGUGUGUGUGUGUAUGUGCGUGAGUGCGUGCAUGCAUGCAUGUGUAUGUGCGUGCGUGCAUGAAUGUGUGUGUGUGAGUGAUAAUUGGUGCUGUACUGAAUGUGUGAGCAUAUGAACAAGCUGUACACAUCCAAAUGUGUCCGAGUGUAUGAGUGUAUGUAUAAGCAUGUACAGUAGGUGAAUGAGUUUGUUAUUAUUAUAUGCUUGAACAUACAGUAUUUGAUUCCUCCCUCCCUCCCUGUCAUUCUCUCUGCCAGGUAUCUGGUGUUGGAGCAUGUCUCAGGAGGAGAGUUAUUUGACUACCUGGUGAAGAAGGGCAGACUGACGCCUAAAGAGGCCAGGAAGUUCUUCAGACAGAUAAUCUCAGCCCUGGACUUCUGCCACAGCCACUCUAUAUGGUCAGACACUACUGCAGCAAUAUAUACACAGUCACUCUGUAUGGCAGAGACUACAGCAAUAUAUACACAGUCACUCUGUAUGGCAGAGACUACAGCAAUACAGUAUAUACAGCAAUAUACUGUAUACAGCUAGAUACACUGAGUAUACCAAACAUUAGGAACACCUUCAUAUUGAGUUGCAACCCCCCCCCCCCCCCCCCCUUUGCCCUCAGAACAGCCUCAAUUAGUCGGUGCAUGGACUCUACAAGGUGUAGAAAGCGUUCCAGAGGGAUGCUGGCCCAUGUUGACUCCAAUGCUUCCCACAGUUGUGUCAAGUUGGCUAGAUGUCAUUUGGCUUUGGGACACAGGAAACUAUUGAGCGUGAAAGAGCCAGCAGAGUUUGCAGUUCUUGACACAAACCAGUGCGCCUGGCACCUACUACCAUACCCCGUUCAAAGGCACUUAAAUAUUCACCCUCUGAAUGGCACGCAUACACAAUCCAUGUCUCAAUACUUAAAAAUCCUUCUUUAACCUGUCUCCUCCUUCAUCUACACUGAUUGAAGUGGAUUUAACAAGUGACAUCAAUAAGGGAUCAUAGCUUUCACCUGGAUUCACCUGAUCAGUCUCUGGAUAUACUCAGUGUAUACACAGCCACAAUUUAAAAUCAAUCCAUUUAAAACUCUAGAGAGAUUGAGAAAGAAAAGAAGAAGUGAAAGAAGAGAACAGACCUGUUUCUCAAACCUGUUUGGUGUGUGUGUGUGUGUGUGUGUGUGUGUGUGUGUAUGUGCAUGUCCGCAUGUGUGUGUGUGUGUGUAGUCAUAGAGACCUGAAGCCUGAGAACCUGCUCCUGGAUGAGAAGAACAACAUCCGUAUCGCUGACUUCGGCAUGGCUUCCCUACAGGUGGGGGACAGCCUGCUGGAGACCAGCUGUGGGUGAGUACUGGGUGUGUGUUCCUGCAUGGAGAGGCGGGUGUCCUUAGUGAUGUACAGUAUGUUUAUCACUUGAUUUUCUUUCUUCUGAAUGAUUACAGAUCUCCUCACUAUGCAUGUCCAGAAGUUAUCAGGGUAAGUUCCCUUUCUCUCUGUACGUCUGUGGCUACUGUCUAGGUGCAUACACCUACAAUAUGUGUGUAUAUAUGAAUGAUCAGUGAAUGCCGUCCUCUGGAAUUGCAGGGGGAGAAGUAUGAUGGUCGCAGGGCAGAUGUAUGGAGCUGUGGUGUCAUCCUCUUUGCACUGCUGGUGGUAAGAAGCUCUUCCUCUCUCUCCAUCUCUUUCUACCCCUCUAUGUCUCUCGCUCUGUAACUCCCCUCUCUCCUCUCCUGUGUGUGUGUGUGCAUGUUUGUGUGUGUGUGUGUGUGUGUGUGUGUAGGGAGCUCUACCCUUUGACCAUGACAACCUGCGCCAGCUCCUUGAGAAGGUGAAGAGCGGGGUGUUCCACAUGCCUCAUUUCAUCCCCCCAGACUGCCAGGCCCUGCUCAAAGGAAUGAUUGAGGUCGACCCUGACAAGAGACUCACGGUACGGGGGAGGAGAGGGGGAUAGAGGGGGAGGAUGGUGGAAGGGAGAGAAGGAGGAUGAUGAUGAUGGGGCAAAAGAGAGCCAGGCCCUGCUCAAAGGAAUGAUCGAGGUCAACCCUGACAAGAGAUUCACGGUACAGGGGAGGAGAGGGAAAAGAGGGUGGGGGAGAGAGAGGGGGGUGAGGGAGCGAGAGACGGUACCAGGAGAUGUUGCUGCUACUGACUAGAUGUAGGACUACUGUGUGUUCUGUUUUGAUAAAUAACUGUCUGUGUCUGUGUUCUCUUACAGCUAGAAGCAAUACAAAAACACUCCUGGUAUCUGUAAGUACACCCAUCCCAUUCUACUCGAUUUUCUCUCACUCUCAAUUUAUCAUUGUCUUCUUCUCUCUGAGUAGAAGAUUAAAAUAAAUACAGUCAAUUGAAUAGUUCUACAUGUUGAUUGUCUAUGUGGCCUUUUUCACAGAACUCUUUACCCAUCUUUACCUUUCUCCCCUCAUCUGUCUUUCUCUCUAUCUCUGUCUCUCUCCAUUUCCACCUCUCAAUCUCUCUCUUUCCCCCUUUCCAUAUUUCUCCCCUGUCAGUGGUGGUCGUAACGAGCCGUGUCCGGAGCAGCCUCCUCCCAGGCGUGUGUGUGUGAAGAGGAUCGUGUCGCUGACAGAGCUGGACCCCGAUGUACUGGACAGCAUGCACUCUCUGGGCUGCUUCAGAGACCGGGGAAAACUGACCCAGGACCUGCAGUGUGAGGAGUGAGUACUGUCUGGGCUGCUUUUAGAGACCAGGGAAAGCUGACCCGGGACCUGCAGUGUGAGGAGUGAGUACUGUCUGGGCUGCUUUUAGAGACCAGGGAAAGCUGACCCGGGACCUGCAGUGUGAGUGUCCCUUGAUGUGGCCCCUGUAGUGUCACCGUUCGCUGGUUGCUGUGGAAACGAACUCUUGAUCUCUCUCUUAGUGUCUCUGGCACCUCAUCAUUAGUAGUAGGAACAGGCAGUGGUGGAAAAUGUACCCAAUUGUCAUACUUCAGUAAUAGUAAAGAUACCUUAAAAGAAAAUGACUCAAGUAAAAGUGAAAGUGAAUAUUUACGGAUAGCCAGGGGCACACUUCAACAGUCAGACAUAAUUUACAAACGAAGCAUUUGUGUUUAGUGAGUCCCCCAGAUCAGAGGGAGUAGGGAUGACCAGGAAUGAUCUCUUGAUAAGUAUGUGAAUUAGAUCAUUUUCCUGUCCUGCUAAGCAUUCAAAAUGUAGUGAGUACUUUUGGGUGUCAGGGAAAAUGUAAGGAGUAAAAAGUGCAUUAUUUUCUUUAGGAAUGUAGUGGAGUAAAAGUUGUAAAAAAUAUAAAUACUAAAGUUAAGUACAGAUACCCCAAAAAACGACUUAAGUAGUACUUUAAAGUAUUUUUACACAACUGGGAAUAUAUAUUCUCUCUCUCUAUCUCUCUCUCUCUCUCUCUCUCUCUCUCUCUCUCUCUCUCUCUCUCUCUCUCUUCUCUCUCUCUCUCUCUCUCGAUCUUCUCCUCUCUCAUCCUCUCUCUCUAUCUGAUUCUCGGAUACUCAUCUGAUAAUCUCUCGCGUCUCUCUCUCUCUCUCUCUCUCUCCUCUCUCUCUCUCUCAGAGACAACCAGGAGAAGAUGAUCUACUACCUCCUCUUGGACAGGAAAGAGCGUUACCCCAGCUGUGAGGAUGAAGACCUGCCGCCCAGGAAUGAUAUAGGUUGGAAAGAAAACCUUUAGACAACAAAUGUUAGAAAUAAUCAACAUUCUUACCUAACCUACACUUAUUGGACACUCUGUUAUUGGACACUCUGAUUACUCCAGAGUGUCCACAGUGCGCUCUCAGCACUCCCAGAAACAUUCUAUUUAUAUUAUAUUCCAACAUAACAUUCUCAGAAAUAAUUUGGAACAUUCUAUUUCUAGCCAACUCUGACUUACUGAUAGGUAUCUGUGAAGCUAGCGACAAUAAACAACAUCUGGUGAUUCGUUUCAAAAUAAAAGUCCUACAUUGAAACUUUUCAAAAGAAAUGUCCUGUGACAAAACUUUACAACAAAUUCAUGUUGGUCUGCAGUUUGUUUUGGAAACAUGUCCAAUAUGUCAGCAUGUCAAAACCUCCCGCCAAAUUUGUGUUUUGAUGCACCAGUGCUUUAAAUAACAAAGGUUAGAGGUGCUUUAACCUUUCUCUGUACCUCUGAGACCUGGAUUCUAACCUUUCUAAGGUCUCCCAGCAGAUCCCCCUAGGAAGCGGGUGGACUCUCCCAUGCUGACCCGUCAUGGCCGGUGCCGGCCGGAGAGGAAGAGUCUGGAGGUGCUGAGUGUGACGGAGCAGGGCUCCCCCACACCCACGCGCAGGGCGCUGGACACCUCCGCACACAGCCAGAGGUUAGACAUAGAUAGGUCGCACAUAAAAACACACACAUGCACACCAAAUAUGCACAGAGUGUUGUUACGGACAAAUGUCACAUGUGGAAAAUCACGUUUUCACAUGUGAAAGUUCCACAUGUUUUGCACAUGCAAAAUUCUAUUUCACAUGUGAAACCAUGUGGUUUUGGAACACUUCACAUGUGAUGAUAAUUCAUGUGAAUUGUCAUGUGAUCACAUAACCUUUCACCUUUCAAAUAUUCACAUGAUGCCCUGCAAACAAAACUUAAUAUGAUGUCCCCGGAACGUCACUAAUUUGCUGCAGUGUUUUCCACUUAGAUAUUUGACACACGUGAUUCCAUUGUGUAUUUCUACAGUAAUUAUUAUUCAACAUGUCCUCACCUGGGAUUUGAACUCACAACCUCUUGGUUCACAGCAUUACGAUCUUCCUGUUACACCACCAUGUCUGUGUCAAAGACUGAUUUCACAUGUAUUCCUACACUUUGGACUUCAAAGUAAAUCUCAGCUUUGUAUAAUACACUCAAGAAAAACUAUUAUAUUGAUAUUCAGGAGUAACCUUAAAACAGAAUAAUAUGCCCCACUAACAUUAGACAACUAUACAGAAAACCCUCAAAUUGCUGAGAUAAGUCAAUGAAAUCAAUGAUGAGAGAAUAGUCAGAUUAACCGAUAACUAAAAUAGCAGUGCAGAUGGCACACUUUUUCUAUGUGCAGAGAUGUAUUAUAGGUAAUGAAUGUGUAUGUGACUUCUUAGAAUGCUACAGACUUUGUGCUGCAGCAGAAAGAUCAGCGUAACCCAAAUCCAGAGGUUGUGAGUUCAAAUCCAAGGCGGGGUCAUAUUGAAAAGUCAGUACUAAGUGAUUAUGUCAAAUGUAAUCAUAUUGUCAGUGAUGAAAGAUUUGUACACCUUUUUAUUACACAUUUUUGCUUAACAGCGUACCAUUUAGCUUAAAACCCCCAUGCCAUUUAAUUACUUACCUUACAAAAACACGUGAAAUUUGCAGUUUCACAUUAUGAAGCUGGAAUUGAUCUGAAAUCUUCACAUGAGAAAAUAAGAAGCACAUUAGGUUAGUUGUUCACAUGUAUUCAAUAUAGAGUUCACAUGUUAACACCUUUUCACAUGUGAGGAGUAUAAAAUGUUUUCAUGUUUUUUUCAUGUGAAAACUUUCAGAUGUGUAAAUCGAAUUUGCACUUUCAUAUGUGACUGACCGGCUCGAUUCGGUCUUAUGUAGCAAAAUUUGAAAUUGUGUUUUUUUACAUUGGAUAAAAGUAGAGAUGAGAGAUAGAAAAGGGUAUAUCAUACACUACAGUUGAGGAACAAUGGGAAAGUCAUUCUGCUUUGAAAGUUGAUAAACUUUUGAGAAAAUGGCCCUUGAAUGUUUUGGUACCUACUGGAGAGCUCUUCUUUGUCUACACCCAUUCAGCAUCGUUCACACCCUCUUUCCCACCCAUCUCUUUAAGGAUUCACAUGUGAGGCCAUGUACUAAACAACCAAAGAUUUCAAGUCUAAAGGCUGGUUUAUACUACGGGUGUGUUCGUAAAUUUAAUCUGGACUGCCAGAGUGUGCUCUGGGUGUUCGUAAACCCAGAGCGUUGUCAGAUUGUCCGUUCGUAAAUUCAGAGCAUUUCGCUCUCGGAGCGUUCAGAGCGUACACUGGAAGCUCUAGCCGAAGAAUUAGGGUUGAUCCGAGCGUUCUGUCCUAACAACAGCCGUCAAGCACCCAAGCUAACUGGCUAACAUUGGCUAGCUACUUCCAGACACAAAUGAGAGUACAGCUCACUCUGACCAUUUUACUCGCCCUAGCAGAGCUGGUUAGGCUGUUUUUAUGUUAUCCAGAGCGUUGGUGACUGCAACUGUGCUGCUGGAAACAAUUUAAUUAUGCUUUUUUGCCAACGUUUACUGACACCGGCCAUAUUCAACGGGUGUUGAGCGUUCGUAAAUUUCUCAGUUAUUGUGCGCUCUGGCACACUCAGACGAGAGUGCUCUGAAAUCGGAGUAGAUAGUCAAUGCGAAUUUACCUGCUACGUCUAUCGACAGUUGUCGCAGUGACAUCAUGAACAUUCUAUUGAAAUUGUUACUUGUAUAGUGGAGUCUUUUGUUUAGACAUAUAGCUAGCUAGCUAAACAAUGAACCAUAAUCCCAACUCAUAACAUUACUACCCUGCAUGAAUCUGCAGGUAGCUAACCAACCAGGUUCAAUGUUAGCUAGCUAACGUUAGGCUAUAAAUAGCAAUGCAAAUGGCUCUGAGAUACGAAUAAUAUUACUACACAGAUCAUACACGUAACGUUAGCUAGCGAGCCAGCCAGCUAACGUUAGCUAGCUAGCUAACGGUACACUUUAACUUUAAAUGAAAACGACUUUGAUAAAAUUAGAAAUGUGUAAUAUCUGAAAAUGUAGCUUGCUAGACUAUCUUACCCGUAUACAUGGAUGGACGCUUCUCCCUCUCUGUCACGGAUGCCAUGGUUUCCCUUAGUUUGAAGAUCCGGAGACAGGUGUUUUAUACAACAGCCUUCUGUGUGUUCUCCUUUCGACUUCGUCUGCAUAUUUGCAAUCAAACGCCAGAAUUUUCUCCAUCUCCUUAGCUAUCAUACUCUAUUUCCACUGAUUUCAAAACUCGGUCCUCCAGAAAGUGGAGAGCAACACUUAUGCAGUUCUGCUACGUGACAUCUUUCAAAAAAGCUGUGUUAGAAAGGAUUACCAACACAUACUGACCAGCUCAUGUUAUAGACAGAUGUGGGCUACAUGGCAGACCAAUCCGAACUCAUCUCUCGGCAUGUCCAGCCCACUCAUUAUCUCAGCCAAUCAUGGCUAGCGAAAGGUUGCUGUCUUUUUCCGUGGCUAAACCAACUAGGUUCGUAAUUUAACAAUUUUAUUUGUAUUUACAGAUGGCAUACAAGUGUGUUAUUAAGGCACAUGAAAGUUCACAUGUUCCAGAUUUUGAUUUUUUUUAAAAAGUUUACGUUCUCCUGUGAAGUAGUGAUGCGCGACAUAUGCCUAGUUCCCUGAAACGAGUGACAUAUGUGAACAGUUUUCACAUGUGAAAAUCAAACUCACAUGUGGAUUUGCAUUUUCACAUGUGAAAAACUUUCGCGUGAAUAUCGGAUUUGCACUUUCACAUGUGAAAAACUAUGAAAUGUUGUGACGUGUAGUUUCAUGUUAUCACAUGUUGCUUUGACAUGUUGUCACGUUAUCACAUUAACUUAACAUAAGAUCACAUGAAAUUCACGUGGUUUUUCCAUAAGGGGGACCAUGUUAUGUGUUUCUGUACCAGUGUUGUCUGAUAGUGGUAUUUUGUCCUCCAGGUCUCGUUCUGUCAGUGGAGCUUCAACAGGGCUCUCGUCAAGUCCCCUCAGCAGUCCCAGGGUAAGUCACGCUUGGCCAACUCUUAUCUUAUCAUGCUCUUUUACAAAUGGACACACAUUUACACUACCUGAUUAUUAUUAUAAAGGUGGUUCUACUAUAGAAUUUAUAAAAUACCAUACCUGUAAUAUCAGUAUAUUUUUGUACAUAAGUAUAUCUUUGAUAUGCUGAACUCACAUUCAGAUGAGACUACCUUUUGUUCAUGGUGAAAUGUGCUUACUGCACAGCUACACUACUGUGAUUUGAUUGCGUUUCUCUGUACUGAACUGAAUUGUAAUUGUAAUUGUAACUGUUCUUCUGAGACUGUCACUUGUCCUGACUGUCCAUCACCCUCAUACUGUCCCAUUCUGAGCCAUUACCCAUACCAUAGACACCAUCACAUACACACACACAAAUGCACGAACGCACGCACCCCCCCCCCCCCCCCCACCCCCACACACACACACACACACACUAAUAGUAAGGGCCUAGAAUCACACAAGAGACACACACAGAUAAGAUCACAUAUUAGCCCUCAAAUUGAAAGGGCCUCUGGACCUUUAUUCAAAAUGUACUCUAUUCAAUUUACAUAAUAAGAGUAAUAACAGAAUAUUCAUAAUUGGAUAAAUCUCUAUAAUUAGAAAUGUAAGUACAAUCAGAAGUCUACAGUUUAUUCAUAAAUCAUAACUCAGGACCAUUGCUCUCUUCAUCUUUCCAUCUUUCCUUCCCUCCUUCCCUCCUCUCCAUCCCUCUGUCCUUUCUGUUCCCAACCAUCAGAGCCCAGUUUUCACUUUCAGCCAAUCAGAAGUCACCUCCACCUCCACCACCCACUCCAAAGACCCCAAACCAGGAAGUGCCACCACUCCCCGGCCGACACAACGGACGACCGUGCCCGACCCCAAAACCCAGACCCUGCCCUCCAAAGGGCUCUCCGAUCGCCCCCACUUUCAGUCCAUGAAGUCACUACCUCUCCAAGCUCCUCCCUCUCCGUCCCCCUCACCCAUCCUCUCCCCCAUCCCUCGCUUCUUCUUUUUCCCCGCCCCCUCCGUCUUUAAGUCGGUCACUAAGAGCGCCUAUCCUAACUCUGCCCCUGUGCCACAGGUCACCCCUCAGGGGUCUCCACUCCCCACCCCCCUGGGCACCCCCGUCCACCAUCCCCAGCACCCCCCGCCCACCCCUCCCUCUUCCUCCUCUUCCUCUUCCUCCUCGCGGGCGGAGGGAGGGGGCGGGGGCGGAUCCCUCUCCCUAACCCCACCCUCCAGCCCCGGAGGCAGCGGGGGGAUGGCUGCCAGUAGCUCUGCCCACUGGAGGACACGCCUCAACUCCUUCAAGAACAACCUGCUGGGAUCGCCACGCUUCCACCGACGCAAACUGCAGGGUGAGAGAGAGGGGGGAGUGUGGGCAAGCUGCAGUGUGAGAGGGGAGGGGGGGUAUGGGCAAACUGCAGGGGGAGAGAGGUGAAUUCUAUUUCAAUUCAGGAAUUUGGCAAUUCAAUGUAUUUCAUUUCAUUUGAUGGAGUCAAAACGGAAUUGGGCCAAACCUUGAUGUUUGGAUAUCUAAAGUAAAUAAUAUGAUAUAAACAAUGAUAUGCAUUGUGAUUCAUAUUUUCAAUCAAAUCAAAUCAAUUGAUUACAGCGCAGUAUACCUAACAAUACAAAACAAUACACACAAAUCCCCAAACUAAAAAUAAAGAAAUAAAGAAAUAUCAGAACGAGCAAUGUCAGAGUCCGGUUUAUAAAUAUAUAUGUAUAUAAUGGUGUGUAUAGACAGUAUGGACAGUAUAUGAAUAGGAAAGGUGUGUACAGCAGUAGUUACAAAGUGUCUUCAGAAAAUAUUCAUACCCCUUGUUGUGUUACAGCCUGAAUUCAAAAUGGAUAAAAAAAAACAAUACCCCAUAAUGACAAAGUUAACUAAAUGUUUUUAGACAUUUCUGUAAAUGUAUUGAAAAUGAAAUACAGAAAUAUCUCAUUUACAUAAGUAUUCACAUGUUAGAAUCACCUUUGGCAGCGAUUACAGCUGUGCGUCUUUCUGGGUAAGUCUCUAAGAGCUUUGCACACCUGGAUUGUACAAUAUUUGCCUAUUAUUCUUUUCGAAAUUCUUCAAGUUCUGUCAAAUUGGUUGUUGAUCAUCGCUAGACAACCAUUUUCAAGUCUUCCCAUAGAUUUUCAAGCAGAUUUAAGUCAAAACUGUAACUCAGCCACUCAAGAACAUUCACUGUAUUCUUGGUAAGCAACUCCAGUGUAGAUUUGGCCUUGUGUUUUAUGUUAUUGUCCUGCUGAAAGGUGAAUUCAUCUCCCAGUGUCUGGUGGAAAGCAGACUGAACCAGGUUUUCCUCUAGGAUUUUGCCUGUCCUUAGCUCCAUUCUGGGUUUGUUUUUAUCCUGAAAAACUACCCAGUCCUUAACGAUUACAAGCAUACACAUAACAUAAUGUAGCCACCACUAUGCUUGAAAAUAUGGAGAGUGGUACUCAGUAAUGUGUUAUAUUGGAUUUGCCCCAAACAUAACACUUUGUAUUCAGGACAAAAAGUUAAUUGCUUUGCCACAAUUUUUGUAGUAUUACUUUAGUUCCUUGUUGCAAACAGGAUGCAUGUUUUGGAAUGUUUUUUAUUCUGUACAGGCUUCAAUUAGGUUAGUAUUGUGGAGUAACUACAACGUUGUUGAUCCAUCCCCAGUUUUCUCCUAUCACAGCCAUUAAACUCUGUAACUGUUUUAAAGUCACCAUUGGCCUCAUGGUGAAAUCCCCUAAGCGAUUUCCUUCCUCUCCGGCAACUGAGUUAGGAAGGAUGCCUGUAUCUUUGUAGUCAAUGGGUGUAUUGAUACACCAUCCAAAGUGUAAUUAAUAACUUCACCUUGCUCAAAGGGAUAUUCGAUGUCUGCUUUUUUUUAGACAUCUACCAAUAGGUGCCCUUCUUUGCGAGGCAUUGGAAAACCUCCCUGGUGUUUGUGGUUGAAUCUGUGUUUGAAAUUCACUGCUCGACUGAGGAACCUUACAGAUAAUUGCAUGUGUAGGGUACAGAUAUGAGGUAGUCAUUCAAAAAUCAUGUUAAAGUUAUUAUGUGACUUGUUAAGCACAGUUUUACUCCUGAACUUAUUUAUGCUUGCCAUAACAAAGGGGUUGAAUACUUAUUGACUCAAGACAUUUCAGCUUUUAAUUUUUUAUUAAUUUGUAAAAAUGUCUAAAAACAUAAUUCCACUUUGACAAUAUGGGGUAUUGUGUGUAGGCCAGUGAAAAAAAAUCGCUAUUUAAUCAAUUUUAAAUUCAGGCUGUAACACAACAAAAUGUGGAAAAAGUCAAGGGUUGUGAAUACUUUCUGAAGGCACUAUAGAAUGAGCCAUAACUAGAAUACAGUAUAUACAUACGAAGUGGGUAAAACAGUAUGUAGACAUGAUUAAAGUGACCAGUAUGUGCAUAUUCUGUUCUCAAAGUAGCCACAGUCUCUUCUACCAUUGCAGAAGGACUGUAGUGUACUAUACGGUGCUCAAAUUAAUUAGACAGAUUGGUAAUUAAAUCAAUGAAACUGAACCUCAUCAAGUAAUGUCAUCAAGUUCUACUUCCCUCUCUCCCUCCCCACCCGCUCUAUCUUUCUCCUUCUUUUUCUAUCUUUCCCUCUAUAUAUAACUCCCCCAUCUCUCUCUCUCUGACUCUCUCUUCUUUCUCUCUCUCUUUCUUCCCGCCCCCUCUCUCUCUUUCUUUCUCUCUCCAUCUCUCUCCUUUUGCUCUCCUGUAGUUCCAACACCGGAAGACAUGUCCAGUCUAACUCCAGAAUCAAGCCCAGAGUAAGUAGAUAAUCAUAGACAUAUACAGUUAGGCUAUCUAUAUCCAUCAGAAUGACUGUCCUGCCUGUCAUGUAAAAUGCUAUCUAUCUGCUAGCCUGUAACACUUUUCUAUGCUGCAUGUUUCGGUAACACUUCAUAUCAACUUCCUUGAAUAAGCCAUUAUAAAUACUUAUAAAUGUUCAUAAAUGGUAAUAAGCACCUAUAUUUAACAUACAUUUUAAAUGUAGAUUCUUAAAAAUAUAAAAAUAUGAAUAUACAGUUGAAGUCGGAAGUUUACAUACACCUUAGCCAAAUACAUUUAAACUCAGUUUUUCACAAUUCCUGAGAUUUAAUCCUAGUAAAAAUUUCCUGUCUUAGGUCAGUUAGGAUCACCACUUUAAGAAUGUGAAAUGUCAGAAUAAUAGUAGGGAGAAUUAUUUAUUUCAGCUUUUAUUUCUUUCAUCACAUUCCCAGUGGGUCAGAAGUUUACAUACACUCAAUUAGUAUUUGGUAGCAUUGCCUUUAAAUUGUUUAACUUGGGUCAAAGGUUUUGGGUAGCCUUCCAUAAGCUUCCCACAAUAACUUGGGUGAAUUUUGGCCCAUUCCUCCUGACAGAGCUGGUGCAACUGAGUCAGGUUUGUAGGCCUCCUUGCUCGCACACGCUUUUUCAGUUCUGCCCACAUAUUUUCUAUAGGAUUGAGGUCAGGGCUUUGUGAUGGCCACUCCAAUACCUUGACUUUGUUGUCCUUAAGCCAUUUUGCCACAACUUUGGAAGUAUGCUUGGGGUCAUUGUCCAUUUGGAAGACCCAUUUGCGACCAAGCUUUAACUUCCUGACUGAUGUCUUGAGAUGUUGCUUCAAUAUAUCCACAUCAUUUUCCUUCCUCAUGAUGCCAUCUAUUUUGUGAAGUGCACCAGUCCUUCCUGCAGCAAAGCACCCCCACAGCAUGAUGCUGCCACCCCCGUGCUUCACAGUCUGGAUGGUGUUCUUCGGCUUGCAAGUCUACCCCUUAUCCUCCAAACAUAACGAUGGUCAUUAUGGCCAAACAGUUCUAUUUUUGUUUUUAUCAGACCAGAGGAAAAAAAAGUACGAUCUUUGUCCCCAUGUUCAGUUGUAAACUGUAGUCUAGCUUUUUUAUGGAGGUUUUGGAGCAGUGGCUUCUUCCUUGCUCAGCGGCCUUUCAGGUUAUGUCGAUAUAGGACUCGUUUUACUGUGGAUAUAGAUACUUUUGUACCUGUUUCCUCCAGCAUCUUCACAAGGUCCUUUGCUGUUGUUCUGGGAUUGAUUUGCACUUUUCGCACCAAAGUACGUUCAUCUCUAGGAGACAGAACGCGUCUCCUUCCUGAGCGGUAUGACGGCUGCGUGGUCCCAUGGUGUUUAUACUUGCGUACUAUUGUUUGUACAGAUGAACAUGGUACCUUCAGGCGUUUGGAAAUUGCUCCCAAGGAUGAACCAGACUUGUGGAGGUCUGCAAUUUUUUUUCUGAGGUCUUGGCUGAUUCCUUUUGAUUUUCCCAUGAUGUCAAGCAAAGAGGCACUGAGUUUGAAGGUAGGCCUUGAAAUACAUCCACAGGUACACCUCCAAUUGACUCAAAUUAUGUCAAUUAGCCUAUCAGAAGCUUCUAAAGCCAUGACAUCAUUUUCUGGAAUUAUCCAAGCUGUUUAAAGGCACAGUCAACUUAGUGUAUGUAAACUUCUGACCCACUGGAAUUGUGAUACAGUGAAUUAUAAGUGAAAUAAUCUGUCUAUAAACUAUUAUUGGAAAAAUUACUUGUGUCAUGAACAAAGUAGAUGUCCUAACCGACUUGCCAAAACUAUAGUUUGUUAACAAGAGAUUUGUGGAGUGGUUGAAAAACUAGUUUUAAUGACUCCAACCUAAGUGUAUGCAAACUUCUGACUUCAACUGUAUAACUGUUAAGAAUGCUUCUGAAUUGCAGGCUGGCCAAGAAGUCGUGGUUUGGGAACUUCAUCAGCCUGGAAAAGGAGGAACAGAUAUUUGUUGUCAUUAGAGACAAACCACUUAGUUCCAUCAAAGCUGAUAUAGUCCAUGCCUUCUUGUCUGUAAGUAUCUCUGUCUAUCCUCUAUCCUCAUUCAUUCUUCCUCUCUCUCUCUCUCUCUCUCUCUCUCUCUCUCUCUCUCUCUCUCUCUCUCUCUCUCUCUCUCUCUCUCUCUCUCUCUCUCUCUCUCUCUCUCUCUCUCUCUCUCUCUCUCACUCUCUCUAUCUCCUUCUCUUUAACUCUGUAUCUGUACCUUCCCCUCACUGAGUUUCAGUGAAAGGCCUGUACAGCCAUGAUGCAAAGAUACACAACCACAUUCAUAAAACAUGAACAAAUAAACAUUUAUGAAAAUCUUGUAAGGCUUGUAAAGCUGUUUCCACCUCUGUUUCCAAUGCUGUGUUUUUACAUUACAUCUGUCCAGAUCCCGUCCCUGAGUCACAGCGUCAUUUCCCAGACCAGCUUCAGAGCAGAGUAUAAGUCCUCUGGUGGCCCCUCCGUCUUCCAGAAGCCCGUUAAGUUCCAGGUGGACAUCGCCUUCUCUGAGGAAGAGAGGGAGAGAGAGAGGGGACGAGCUGAAAGGGAAGGAAAGAGCAUCUACAGCGUGACUUUCACCCUCAUAUCAGGUAGUGGUUCCCAAACUUGUUUGUGAAACAGUACGACUUUUUUAAAGUGUUCUUGCGACCCACCAAGGGGCAAUACUUUCACUUAAUGCGAAUUGUCACUUAGUUAUGAAUUGAUGUCAAUGGGAGUAGGAUUUUCAAGUGAAAAUUUGACUUAAGCGGAAGUUAGGAUUCGCUUUAAGUUACAGUUUAAUUUAGUCUAUGAGACUUUUAUUGGCAAAAAUGUGUAAUCAGUGUUUGGUAACCAAUGUUUGGCAUGAUUUUAUCCUAUAUUUUAUCCUAUAAUUCGAAUCCCACCGUACCUUCUCCGCUAUGCAAUCCGGUUUCCGAGCUGGUCAUGGGUGCACUUCAGCCACGCUCAAGGUCCUAAACGAUAUUAUAACCGCGAUCGAUAAUAGACAGUACUGUGCAGCCGUCUUCAUCGACCUGGCCAAGGCUUUCGACUCUGUCAACCACCGCAUUCUUAUUGGCAGACUAAAUAGCCUUGGUUUCUCAAAUGACUGCCUCGCCUGGUUCACCAACUACUUCUCAGAUAGAGUUCAAUGUGUCAAAUCGGAGGGCCUGUUGUCUGGACCUAUGGCAGUCUCUAUGGGGGUGCCACAGGGUUCAAUUCUUGGGCCGACUCUUUUCUCCGUGUAUAUCAAUGAUGUCGCUCUUGCUGCUGGUGACUCUCAGAUCCACCUCUACGCAGACGACACCAUUUUGUAUACAUCUGGCCCUUCAUUGGACACUGUGUUAACAAACCUCCAAACGAGCUUCAAUGCCAUACAACACUCCUUCAGUAGCCUCCAACUGCUCUUAAACACUAGUAAAACUAAAUGCAUGCUCUUCAAUCGAACGCUGCUGGCACCCGCCCACCCGACUAGAAUCACUACUCUCGACGGGUCUGACCUAGAGUAUGUGGACAACUACAAAUACCUAGGUGUCUGGUUAGACUGUAAACUCUCCUUCCAGAUUCACAUUAAGAAUCUCCAAUCCAAAGUUAAAUCUAGAAUCGGCUUCCUAUUUCGCAACAAAGCCUCCUUCACUCAUGCUGCCAAACAUGCCCUCGUAAAACUGACUAUCCUACCGAUCCUUGACUUCGGCGAUGUCAUUUACAAAAUAGCCUCCAACACUCUACUCAGCAAAUUGGAUUUAGUCUAUCACAGUGCCAUCCGUUUUGUCUUCAAAGCCCCAUACACUACCCACCACUGUGACCUGUACGCUCUUGUUGGCUGGUCCUCACUACAUGUUCGUCGUCAAAUCCACUGGCUCCAGGCCAUCUAUAAAUCACUGCUAGGCAAAUCCCCGCCUUAUCUUAGCUCAUUGGUCACCAUAGCAGCACCCACCCGUAGUCUGCGCUCCAGCAGGUAUAUCUCACUGGUCAUCCCCAAAGCCAACACCUCCUUUGGCCGCCAUUCCUUCCAGUUCUCUGCUGCCAAUGACUGGAACGAAAAAUCUCUGAAGCUGGAGACUCUUAUCUCCCUCACUAACUUUAAGCAUCAGUUGUCAGAGCACCUUACCGAUCACUGCACCUGUACACAGCCCAUCUGAAAUUAGCCCACCCAACUACCUCAUCCCUAUAUUGUUAUUUAUUUUGCUCUUUUGCACCCCAGUAUCUCUAUUUGCACAUAAUCGCUUACACAUCUAGCAUUCCAGUGUUAAUACUAAUUGUAAUUAUUUUGCACUAUAGCCUAUUUAUUGCCUUACCUCCAUAACUUGCUACAUUUGCACACACUGUAUAUAUAUUUUCUGUUGUAUUUUUUUUUUGACUUUAUGUUUUUUUACCCCAUAUGUAACUCUGUGUUGUUGUUUUUAUCACACUGCUUUGCUUUAUCUUGGCCAGGUCGCAGUUGUAAAUGAGAACUUGUUCUCAACUGGCUUACCUGGUUAAAUAAAGGUUAAAUAAAAAAAUAAAAAAUAUAUAUAUCCCCAACAUGUACCACGAAACUGUCAGGAGACAGUUAACAGAACUCAUUAUACGUGUAGGUAAUUAAUCUUAACGUGAUCUCCAUAUUGAUGCGGGGCAGUGUAUACCUUGACGUAGUGUUUGUCUGUCUCCUUAGGUCCAAGUCGCAGGUUCAAGAGAGUGGUGGAAACGAUUCAAGCCCAGUUACUUAGUACUCAUGAUCAGCCAUCUGUGCAGGCACUUGCUGGUGGGUCCCCUCACACACACACACAAACACACUAUUUAUAUCUCUGUCUUCAUCAAACUCAUGUCUUUCUUUUUCUCCCUAGAUGAGAAGAAUGGGCAGCUGACCUCUCGUCCACCCGGCACCCCGACCCGGCAAAACUCCCGACGUUCGGAAGGAGGUGGGGACCGGGGGGAGAGGUGUGAGCGUGGUGAUGCAGGGAUAGGGGGUAGCGGGAGCGUGCUUCAAAGGAGGGGCUCGGGCAAAGACAAGACCAGACUCCUUUCCUCCAACGGGACACAGUCCCAGCCCUGA